GCAAACUUUAUUUAUACUUGAUCAGUCUGUUAUUUGCAGUACCAGCACUGUUACUCAGCCAAGAUCUUGUCUGUACUUGUCAUCUGCUGCCUGAAAAUUGUGAACUUUAAGUCUAGAGUCAGGAACAGUCUUUAGAGAUCGUGCGUAUUAUAAAAUAUUAGACGGUCAAACCUGGUCAGACACCUCCUUGUGUGUCCAUCACAUCACAGCCAGGCUCAGCUGCUGCCUGCUGCUCGUCUUCCUGUUCUUGUCAUAUUUGUGUUUGCCAUGAUUCGAAAUCUUAUGUGGAACGGAAAUUAUUACGUUUGAAACUAGACUUCGAGAAGCUGAAGGAAGAGUUGAGGCAUGGAUGUGCACGUGUUACUAAUAUCACCAACAAAAUUGUCUUGAUCUCCAAAUUUGUGUUUUGUAUGGCCGUCGAGAACUGUGAAAUCUAUAGGAUUUAAACUUUUGUGAUCGAGCUCUAUUGCCCUCUAAAGCUUGCUUUAACCUACGAAAAUGGACAUGAAAGCUAGCGCCUUGAAGGGCGCAGACAGAACAUGGCACUUGAAUUGGUUGCGCAUGAGAGAAACUGGACAAAAAGUACCUCUAGGUUAUGGAAACAAAUUUUCGAAGUUCCUAUAUUCAUCAAUGAGCCCGCACUCUUCGUGGGAGCAGGGCGAGAAUGUGCGAGGUUCGCACCACGGUGGUGUUUUCAACCUCGAAUUUUCUCCUGAUGGAUCUCUAUUGGUAGCUGCUUGUGAAAAGCGAAGUUUCCUAAUGUUUGAUGCUCUUUCUCAAAAACAAGUGCAUGCUGUAGAAAAUGCUCAUAGAGACUGUGUUAAUUGUGUGAGGUUUUUGGACUCAAGAACUUUUGUGACAUGUAGUGAUGAUAGUACAGUUGCAUUAUGGGAUGCAAGAAACCUGAAGUCAAGUAUUCGAACACUGCACGGUCACUCUAACUGGGUUAAAAAUAUAGAGUAUUCUCAAAAUGAUGGUUUACUUGUCACAUCUGGGUUUGAUGGAAGUAUUUAUACAUGGGACAUUAAUAGCUAUACAGAGAAUGGAUUUAACUAUGAGAGAGUGUUUCACACCAAUGGGUUGAUGCGCACUCGCUUAACUCCUGAUGCAUCAAAAAUGAUAAUAUGUACCACUGGUGGUUAUCUCAUGAUUAUUCAUGAUUUGAACUUGCGCACAUUGGCCCAAGAUUUACAUGGAUUUAAGCCUAAUAUGUACAGACUAAUGCAACAAAGUCAGACUACUAUUCCAUCAGCCUCUGUUUUCACAUCUUUGUUUUCCAAAAAGCGUAAGCACAAUAGGAUUGAAUUUGUGUCAGAUUUCCCAGCCCAUAAUGAUGCAGAAGUUGUAUCAUCGCUUCAGAUUCACCCUCAGGGGUGGUGUGCUUUAAGUCGAAAUAUUAGUCAUGAAGAAUUAUCAGAGUGGACCUGUGUUCAUGAUAUCCAAGACAGAGAUGAUGAAGAUAGUAUGACUGAAAAUGAAGACUUACCAUCAGCUCUCAGAGAGGAUAGUGAUGAUGUUCUUUAUGAUGAGGAUGAUGAUGGAGCCAAUUAUCGAGGUUUCCGCGGGUUCCCAAAUCCAAACUAUCAAAGUGAUAGUGAGAGUGAUGGGGAUUCUGAUUCAGAUCUGGUCCCUGGUGCCCUGACAUCUGCAACCCGGGGCAGUUCGCGAACCAACAACAGAAACGUUCGUCCAGAAGCUGAUGGUAGUGACAGUUCCUCUAGCAGUGAUUCGGAGGUUGUAAACCCAAGGAGAGUGCGCAGUGCCCAAAACACAACUCAACGAGCACCUGUUGGGAGAUUUCAUGCUCUUUUGGAAAUAACUCGAUUUAGCAGUACCACAACCCGCCUUUUGAGUGAUGCCUCACCACUUUUCCGGGAAUCACCCACCUCACCGUCAAAUAAUGUUUCUCCUUCACUUCCAAGUAGACGCCCAGCUAAUCGUAAUGGAGCACAAGGAGAGGGAGUCAAUGCUAACCCGGUUCAUAGACGCGGAGGAAACAUCAGGAGAAUGAUGAUAACUGUGGAUGGACAAGUUCAAGUGAGUGAUGAUGACUCAUCGGGAGAGCCAGCUUCAAAUGUGAGAGUAGUAGAUGCCCAAGAAUCAAAUAGGUCAGCUGGUUCUAGUCGAGCAACUGGUAGCAGACCCCCAAGGGGAAGGUUCUCACUUCGAUCAUCUUCAAGUUCUGGCUCAUCAAGCUUGAGCUCACCAGCAAACUCAAGAGAAAAUUCCAGACCUAUUCCAGGGUCUAGGCAAGCAUCUUCAACUUCAACUAGGCAAUCAGCAUCUGACACAGGCACAUCUCCACAGAGAGGAGGGACACUUACCUCUCGUUUAGCUGAGUUAAGUUCAUUUCGUAGGUCUUCUUCAAACAGUACACAGGCAACCACAAGUAGCCAGAGACCUCCCAGUGCCUCCCAGAGUACUUCACAAGACAACCCAUCAAGUGCACCACAAAAUUCUACCCCACGUCAAGAAGCCCGUAGUCAAGCUCCUCAAGGAUCUUCUCAACGUGGCUCAAGAAGUUCCUCUGAGAGCUCCCCACCAACCGAAGCUCAGGAUGCUGCCCGAGCUCGACCCAUUGGAAGUGCCAAUGCUGGACCUAAUGAAACAGCUAAUGCUGCAGCAGCUGUUGGUGCAGCACGGCAGGCACGUGGUGGUCAAGGAAAUAUGCCUUUGUCACAAAACAUGGAACUACAUGUUGCAUCAGCUGAUGUUUGGGAGGCUCUUGUGGUGAUACGGGAGGCUAGGGCUCGUCGUCAACAAGUACCCUAUCGCAACACAAACUCAGGCCGCGAUCGAAGGGACCUUAUUUCUAGAUUUUUGAGGCGGUUGCAAGAUUUGAAUGAAUCGCCAAGACCUCAAGCCUUAGCUAAUACCUCUGGAAGUGGCAAUAGCAACACCAGUACCAGGAAUGCAACCAAUACAAACAGUGCUGACUCCAGUCGUAGCAAUUCUGAAGCUAGUUCAAGUGCUCCUCUCCCUGACAGACCAAGACGUUUACUAAGGAUAUCACGAUCAAGGCAGCCUCAUAGGCAAGGUCAGGCACCAGCAGCAAUUGCUCUUUCACAUUUUUUGAGAAAUCCUACUCCUGCUACCAGAACUUUAGUGAUGAUUGCACCACACCAAGGAGGAGCUCAGAAUAUCCAUCUCAGAGUGUCUCCUAAUUCAUAUUCUUAUCAGAGUCAACAACUCAGAAUACCAAGGAACCAUAAAGUUCAUCAGAAUAUGCAAAGACUUUCGCAUUAUAUUGAAGAACCCAAUGUUGGAAAAGGUUUUAUCAAAGAGCUAUGCUUCUCAUCAGAUGGCCGUGUAAUGUGUUCACCUUUCAGCUAUGGAAUUCGAUUGUUAGCAUUUACUCCAGACUGCCAAGAGUUAAGCACAUCUCUACCAUCAGAACCACCUGUCAGGUUGUAUGAAGUUUCAGAAAGGAUGUGUCAUGAAGACUAUGUAGUUAGUAGCAAAUUUUCGCCAACACAUUGCUUACUUGUUUCGGGUUGUUUAAAGGGUCAAAUAGUCUGGCAUCAGCCAAAUUUAUAAAUUAUUCAAAAUUUUCAAAUUGGCUUGGCCUUUAUUUAGGCUAGGCAUCUGGGCUUUGGUCAAGUCAGAAGCCUCUGCUUGGUUUGCAUUCAAAAAAACCUUUUGUUUAACAGACUGCUAUUCUUAUUUACUGCGCCAAUCUUCUUUUGGUUGGUGAGUUAUGUUCAUUGUAAUGAACUUCUUAUCAUUUGUGAUAUAUAUUUUUCUUUCUUUUUUUUUAAAUCUAUGUAUAUUACUAUAUAGUUCAUUAACUCUGUUAGUCCAAUGAAUCGUGUGAUAAGAUUUUAUCAUUGCUCGUAAAUGCAGUAUCAUGUACUUCAGAGAGACUUACAUUUGAUUAUUUCAUCUUAAUUUUUGUUACCAGAUUAUGGGUAGUUAAAAAUUUCUGGAUCGUUAUUGACUGUAAGAGUGGGUCUUGAAAGUUUGCUAUCAAAAUACAUUUUGAUUAAAGUAUUCUGCUAUAUUAAAUUGUUAAAGAUUUGCCAUAAAAGUACACUUUGAUUUUAGUAUUACUAUUAUUAAAUUCAUGACAUUUUCAAAGAUUUUUUGUGAGAUCUCAAGAGUUUUUCCUAAGCCGUACUGCAUGAACCAUACUUAUGCACAGUACUUGCUAGUAAUUGUAAGAUUCAUUUUUAAAGGCCUAAGCUCUAAAUUUUGUUUGUAGGUUUUGGGAAAAAGAGCUGUUUGAUUUGUUCCUGUUCCUUAUAAUUUUUCUUCCCCCUUAAUUCAAUUGAAAAUGUUUAGUACCCAAAUUCUUACCGUUCAUCUGUGUGCGGGCAAAUUGUAAGCACUGUAAUUUUGACCUUUAAUUAUUAUGGUUCAUAGCUGUAGUGCACGGGAAGAAAAAAUUGGCACGGGGGUGUGCAUUUCUGUUCCUCUCAGAUUCAAAGAAAUUCAACUAUUUUCAAACAUGGUAGGGUAUUGAGGUGUCCAGAAUUAUACCUCUUUCCUUGAGACAUCUUUUGUUCAUUUGUGACUUAAUUUCUACCUGCCAACAAUCAUGAGUUCUUUUGAAGGACUGAUGAUGAUCAUGAUAAUUUUCUAGGAGUUGAAAGUGAACAUAUGUUAGGCCAAGUAACUGUAAGUGGGGGCCUCACCAUAAAAUACUUUUGUUAAUUAGCUGUUUGUCUACAUUUAUAUUAUCUGGAGAGGUAGAAAUGUCUGUAGUGUUUUUUUUAAAGUGUUCAAAAUAAAAUGUUUCAUGUACAUGUUAA